AUGUCGCGGGACCCGACAGCAGGGCGGCUAACGCCGCUGUGGCUGUGGCUGCUGCUGCCGCGAGUCGGGGCUCUGCGUCCUGAUGAGCUCUUCCCGUACGGAGAGUCGCAGGGAGACCAGCUGCUGCCGCAGGGCGACGACGAAAGCUCAGCAGCCGUGAGGCUGGCGAUACCCUUACGCUUCUACGAUGCCCAGUUCAGCGACCUCUACGUGGGCACCAACGGCAUCAUCUCCACCCAGGAUUUCCCCAGGGAGACUCAGUAUGUGGAUGAUGAUUUUCCUACCGACUUCCCAGCCAUCGCCCCCUUCCUGGCUGACAUCGACACUAGUCACGGCAGGGGCCGGAUCCUGUACCGCGAGGACACCUCCCUGGCUGUGCUGGGUCUGGCGGCUCGCUACGUGCGCACAGGCUUCCCGCUGUCCGGGUCCAGCUUCACCCCCACCCACGCCUUCCUGGCCACCUGGGAGCACGUGGGCGCCUACGAGGAGGUCAGGCGCGGGGCUGCGCCCUCCGGGGAGCGGAACACUUUCCAGGCAGUUCUGGCAUCUGAUGGAUCUGAUACCUACGCCCUCUUUCUCUAUCCUGCCAACGGCCUUCAGUUCUUUGGAACCCGCCCCAAAGAGUCCUACAAUGUCCAGCUGCAGCUCCCUGCGAGGGUGGGCUUCUGCCGAGGGGAGGUGGAUGACCUGAAGAGAGAGGUGCCAUAUUUCAGCCUGACUAACACUGAGCAGUCUGUGAAAAAUCUCUACCAACUAAGCAACCUGGGAAUUCCUGGCGUGUGGGCUUUUCAUGUUGGCAGCAAGGCGCCCCUGGACAGUGUCAGGCCAGCGACAGUUGGAGGCGACCUUUCCCCCGCCCGCUCUUCAGCUGUGCUGGACCACCCCUUCAGCCAAGCUGCAGCCCUGGAGAGCUAUUCUGAGGACAAUUUGGAUUACUACGAUGAGAACGAGGAGGACCUUGAAUACCCACCGGUUGAGCCAGGGGAGGCCUUGGAAGGCCACAGCAGAAUUGAUGUAUCAUUCAAUUCCAAGGCUGAUCCAGGCCCUGUGGAAAGUGGGACCUCGUCCCCAGAUCUUGAUCGGGCUUCUCCUUUGCCACACCCUGGUGACUGGCCACCCUACCGGGAAACAGAACCUGCUUCCUUGAACCCUCAAACCAAACAGGGAGCAUCUGGGGGAGAGGUAGAGGUCCUGGACUCCAAGGACCCAGUGAAGCCUUUGGAUCGUGUAGGUACCAGAACCGUGUCUCCUCCGGAGGCAGAUGCAGCUUUCCUGACUCCAGACAAGGAAGACCUUGGGAACGGAAACUCCCAGCCCUACCCCGAUGCAGAGCUUUCAGAGCCAGAUGUUCCCGUCCCUCCUCUGGAAGGAGAAGUCCUUCCAGAGUACUCAGUGUCUGGUCAUGUGCCCCCUCCGAGUGGAGGGGGGCGUGUGGUAGGAGUGGAGGACCAUGUCAGUGCUAAUGACCAGGUCUUCUCGUAUAAUGGUGCCGCCAGGGAAACCUGUGAACACAGCCAUGGCCAGUGCUCCCAGCAUGCCUUCUGCACCGACUACUCCACUGGCUUCUGCUGCCACUGCCAGUCCAGGUUUUACGGAAACGGGAAGCACUGUCUGCCAGAAGGGGCACCUCACCGAGUCAAUGGGAAAGUGAGUGGCCGACUCCGAGUGGGUCACACUCCUGUGCACUUCUCUGACGUGGAUCUGCACGCUUACAUCGUGGGCAAUGAUGGCAGAGCCUACACUGCCAUCAGCCACAUCCCACAGCCGGCAGCCCAGGCUCUUCUCCCCGUCAUCCCAAUUGGAGGCCUCUUUGGCUGGCUCUUUGCUCUGGAGAAGCCAGGCUCAGAGAAUGGCUUCAGCCUCACAGGUGCCACUUUUGUCCAUGACGUGGAGGUUACCUUUUACCCUGGAGAAGAGAGGGUUCAUAUCACUCAAACUGCUGAGGGGCUUGACCCAGAGAACUACCUGAGCAUUAAGACCAACAUUGAGGGCCAGGUGCCCUUCAUCCCAGCGAAUUUCUCGGCCCACAUCGCUCCCUACAAAGAGCUGUAUCAUCACGGGGACUCAGCUGUGACCUCCUCCAGUUCCAGAAGUUUCUCUCUCACUUCUGGUUCUAUCAACCAAACAUGGUCCUACCGCGUAGACCAGAACAUCACUUAUAAGGCGUGCAGGCACGCCCACAGACACCUGGCCAUCCCCACCACCCAGCAGUUGACUGUGGACCGAGCUUUUGCUUUGUACAGUGAGGAUGAGGGUGUGCUGAGGUUUGCUGUGACCAAUCAGAUUGGCCCCGUUGAAGUGGACCCAGCCCCUGCACCAGUGAACCCUUGCUAUGAUGGGAGCCACACCUGUGACACAACGGCCAGGUGCCGCCCGGGCACAGGUGUAGACUACACCUGUGAGUGCACCCCCGGGUUCCAGGGAGACGGACGGAGCUGCGAGGAUGUCAAUGAAUGUGCUACUGGCUUCCAUCACUGUGGCCCCAACUCUGUGUGUGUCAACAUGCCAGGAAGUUACAGGUGUGGGUGCCGCAGUGGCUAUGAAUUUGCAGACGACCAGCACACUUGUAUCUUGAUCGCCCCGCCUUCGAACCCUUGCCUCGAUGGCAGUCACACGUGUGCUCCCGAGGGGCAGGCCCGCUGUAUUCACCACGGGGGCAGCUCAUUUAGCUGUGCUUGCCUGCCAGGGUUUGUUGGUCCCGGGUAUCAGUGUUCUGAUGUUGAUGAAUGUGCGGAAAACAGAUGUCACGAGGCAGCUACCUGCCACAAUACCCCUGGGUCCUUCUCCUGCCAGUGCCAGCCUGGGUACCACGGGGACGGGCUUCACUGCGCACCUGAUUCCAUCUCGGGACUGAAGCCCUGUGAACGCCAGCAGCGCUAUGCGCAGGCGCAGCACGCCCACCCCGGGUCACGGAUCCACAUCCCCCAGUGUGAUGACCAGGGAAACUUCGUGCCGCUGCUGUGCCAUGGCAACACUGGCUUCUGCUGGUGCGUGGACCACAGUGGCCAUGAGGUCCCUGGCACCCAGACCCCGCCUGGCUCCACCCCUCCUCACUGUGGACCGCCCUCAGAGCCCACGCAGAGGCCUCGGACUGUCUGUGAGCGCUGGAGGGAAAGUCUGCUGGAACACUAUGGGGGCACGCCCCGGGAUGACCAGUAUGUACCGCAGUGUGACGACCUGGGCCACUUCAUACCCCUGCAGUGCCACGGGAAGAGUGACUUCUGCUGGUGUGUGGACAAGGACGGCAGGGAACUGCAGGGCACACGCUCGCAGCCGGGCACCAAGCCUGCGUGUAUCCCCACCGUUGCUCCACCCACUGUCCGGCCCACGCCCCGCCCUGAUGUGACGCCUCCCUCUGUGGGCACCUUUCUGCUCUAUGCCCAGGGGCAGCAGAUUGGCCACUUGCCUCUCAACGGCAGCAGGCUUCAGAAGGAUGCAGCCAGGACUCUGCUCUCCCUGCAUGGCUCCAUAGUUGUGGGGAUUGACUACGAUUGCCGGGAGAGGAUGGUCUAUUGGACAGAUGUCGCCGGCCGCACCAUCAGCCGUGCCAGCUUGGAGGCAGGAGCAGAACCGGAGACCAUCGUUACGUCAGGUCUGAUAAGCCCAGAAGGACUUGCCAUCGACCACUUCCGUCGAACAAUGUACUGGACAGACAGUGGCCUGGAUAAGAUAGAGCGGGCAGGGCUGGAUGGCUCCGAGCGCAAGGUCCUCUUUCACACAGAUCUGGUGAACCCACGAGCCAUCACUGUGGAUCCAAUCCGAGGCAACUUGUACUGGACAGACUGGAAUAGAGAAGCCCCUAAAAUUGAAACAUCAUCUUUAGAUGGAGAAAACAGAAGAAUUCUGAUCAACAAAGACAUUGGAUUACCCAAUGGAUUAACCUUUGAUCCCUUCUCCAAACUGCUCUGCUGGGCAGAUGCAGGAACCAAGAAACUGGAGUGUACCCUACCUGACGGAACUGGACGCCGUGUCAUCCAGAAUCACCUCAAUUACCCCUUCAGCAUCGUCAGCUACGCAGACCACUUCUACUACACAGACUGGCGGAGGGAUGGUGUUAUAUCAGUGAAUAAAGACAGUGGCCACUUUACUGAGGAGUAUCUCCCCGAGCAGCGCUCUCACCUCUAUGGGAUCACUGCAGUCUACCCCUACUGUCCAACAGGAAGAAAAUGAACAUACAGUGUAUGGGAGGGUUCCAAGUCUACAAGAAUCUUGACCUAAGAACAGUACUACACAGGCAAAGGCGGUGAAGAAGGACCCGGCUGUUAGGAGCUCUGGGCACACAAAAUGAGAUUCUCAGUGCUGUGAGACUAAGUCUAUUUGUGAAGUGUAUACCUCAAUCAUUACUACUGUAUUUUUAAAAACAAUGGUUUCAGAAGUUUAAAAAAGAAUUUUAAUCAUUGCUUAUUAAAUCAACUUUUUGUAAACACUUAUUUAAAAGACCAAAUUCAUUCACCAGAGAACCAACUAGAGCUUAACACACCAAAUCUGAUUUUUUUUGCCAUGGAUUCUAUCUGGCAUAUGACUGGUAAUGAAAAUUGGUUCCUACAGUCCACUGAGAACCCUGGAACAGAAGAUUAUGCAGUUCACCAGGAUGAUCCAGCCUAUCUAUUUAUACUUCCCAGCAAAAGUCCUCAGACUAUUUAUAUUAAAGGUGCUAGAAUGAUCCCCUAGGUGCCUCUACAGAAUCAUCCACAAGUAUUCCAUGUAAAACACCAAAGAUGUAGCAGUUGUUAAAUUUUCUAUGUAACUCCAAUAAAAUAUUUUAAAGUUU